AUGGGCGUAGGCGCGAGAAUCCUGGGUCGCGCAAAGUCGCAGGCAAAGGCCAAUGGAGGGAAAGGCCCUUUGUCGCGCAAGGCUCCCCCCAAGAACGCGGACCCUUCCAACCCCUCCCUCUCCGAGAAGCCCUCCCUCACGCCCUCCGAGUCCCGCAGCAGCACGAGUGGCAAGGAUAAGGAGUCCUCCUCCUCCUCCUCCCACAGCGACGACCAACACUUUUACAACCGUCUCUUUUCCCACCUUCCUCCCAAUUCCCUUAUUCCCGAUCCCCUCGCCGAGCUCCCACCAUGGUUCAAGACCGACACCGAGGCUUGGAACGUUGCCUCGCUCAUCUCAUUCCGGUCGCGAUACCCCAUGCACAACACGGCAGGCCCCCGUUGGUACCAGAACGUCCACCUCUUGCCCCCUCCGGAGAAGGACUCGUCCCAGUUUUCUACCUCUUUCCCUCCCAUACCUACCGCUGCGGAACGUUCCCAGGAGUCGACACGCUUGCGCACGCCUUCCGCGUCGCCUCUGCCGACGCCCAACUCAUCCCAGCUGCGCAUCGUCGAUCCCAUUGGUCGCGUCAGGACGCGUAAGAUCUCGCAGACCGAUAAUGUCGACGCGCUCGACGGCACCGACCCGUGGGGUCAGCAGUGGCACCACGACUCGCCCUACGAUAUCGGUGGAUUGAACCGCGAUGCGUCGCCCGACCCAGAGGAUCGUCGGAGGAGCCUCACCAUGACUGGGAAUCGUCACAAGAGUGUGACACCCUCUCCACUGUCCCAGUCGACAUCUGCCGUGCACCUGCACAUGUCGGAACCGAUGGGCGCAGAUCUGCCUCGUCGCCUCAGCAAACGGCGCAAACCCUUCAGUGGCUUGUUCGGGUCCCAGAGCCAAGACAACUUUCAUCCCAAGCAUGCGUCCGCGCCGCAUGAGCCUCUGUCGCCCCUUACUGCGGAGAGCGUGCAACGACAGAAGGUGCUCCGUCGCAGGUCGACGGCCGGCCCGCCGCCACCGUCACCCUCCGCCUUGCUCAGCGCAGACAUGGCGUCUGGCAAGAAGGAGAAGCACACUAGCUUCAUGGGACGCCUUGCACGACGGUUCAGUGUCAUGCGUAAGCCCGACCCAGCGAACGCAAACGGUACCGGCGGUGAUCCCUCCCUUGAUGGCGCUAAUGCCGAGUCUAGUGAGACGGCAGCCAAUAGCACCCGCAGCGGCGAGCUCUCGAGGCGCGUACCCCCGCCAUCACUAGACGUCGACCCUUCAUCUGUGGACCGUACGCAAUCGAGUGCGGACAACCGUGUGUCGGUCUUGGACUCUGCUGAUGAUGAAGAGCCUGUGCCAAGCAAGCUCACCGUCAUCAAUCCGGAUGAGCCUGAGAGCUCGGUGGGGGCUUCACCUGUUGAGCUGGUUGCUGAUGCACCGUCUGAGCAGUCGGCUGCGGAGACCGAGUCGUCUUCCAAGGCAGACGCAGAUGUCUCGGAGAUGGAUGACCGCACGGAGGGCACUGACUUCCCUGCGAUGUCCUCAUCUGCCACGAUCAACGAGACCCCCGCGUCGCCCCCCACAAUCCCGACGAUCUCGACGGCGUCUCUGGAGCCAGCCUCUCCCCCACAGGGCCCUGCGUACUCUCCGUCGCAGCCCCUCCCGGAGAUGUCUAAGCAGACGCUAGCCUCCGCGCUGAAUUUGGACCACUCGUUACCUCCCACGCCCCGGACAGAGAGGGCGCUUUCUCUGGUAUCGGAGCGGACAGAGCCGUCCACAGCCUUCAUGUCUUCGCCACGCACCCAGACGCAGGAGACGAACUUUUCAUACUCCAGCACCAACUUGACUGCGUACGCACCUUCUUCGGUGACUUCUCCAGAUGACCCUGCGCUCGUCCGUGCCUCGAUCGUUGCGAACCCCGGGACUCCCCAUGUGAGGCCCAUGGUGAUCUUCCCAUCCGCGAAGGCGACGCAAGUCCCCGUGUCGUCGUCUCCUGUUGAGCUGUCGCCCAAGCCUCGUGAUGGGUCGCCCAAGAAGGAGGGCCACCACAAGUCGUCGAGCCAGACGAAACGGAGGGAGACGGAGACGUACACGCUGGUGCGUAGCCCAUCGGGCACUUCUCGUGCCUCGGGUGAGGUGUUCUCGGCCAUGGGAGAGCAGUGGGAGGUGGUUCAGUCGCAGGCUGAUGAGGGCACGCGCAAGAGCCGGAGGAAGGAGCGGAGCGGGUCCAAGGAGGUCGAGAACUCCAUCCGAGAGGAAAGCGAGAGUCACCAGCAUCGGCGGCAGCGCUCUAUCAACGAGCAGCGCCCCGCUGCGGAGCCGAUGACCGCCUCCUCGAGCAGGUCGACGCGCACGCCGAGUGUGGAUACUGAGCGUCGCCCGCAUGGCACCAUUUCUUCACGCAAGGAGCGCCGUUCGUCCUCCAGGCAUAGGGAGAGCGAUGCUGAGGCUAGCUACAGCGCCAAGGCUACCUCGGUUCCGAACCACCCCUACCGCCACGAACGGGCUCUCUCUGCCGGUGCCCGCCCGGCGUCCGACCUCCAGUUCGAUCCCAUGGUCCUCAAGGCCAAGGAUGCCUGGGAGAAGGACAGGCUCUGGAAGGCCAACAGCGUGUCGUAUGCUCACGACGGCACCCCCAUUGUGUCUACGCCGCCGACCAUCGGCGACGGCUCGCGCACAUCGACCGUCGUCAGCGCCGACAUGCAGAUGGCCGGUGCGAUCCCCAGCACGAGCGACCUGCACCUGCACCGCGCCACGACGCUUCCCUCUCCUAAUGCGCCCCCGCACGGCUCCAACCACACGUACUUCACGAUCGGCCCGUACCAGGGUAGCCAUACCAUUCCCCCCGUCUACGUGCCCUCCCCCGUCCCCGCCUCCCAGAACGCAUCUGGACCGGCCAGGCGGCGCCAGGUUUCGCGCUCCUUCUCUGAACGUGUGCCAUUCUCCAUCAACGACCAGCGGAACGACCCUCCCUCCCUCACGCGCAAUUACAUCGGCAACCCGCUCCCGGACCCGCCGCGCAUCUCGCCCUUCCAGGCUGCCCCGCUGCCGCCCUCGCUCGUGGGCCCGCUCGGGACCGCGAACGCGCAGUACGCUGGGGUGCCGACACGAUACUGA